AUGAGUCCCGGCGCUCCUUCCCAGCAGUGCCUUUCUGGAGAGGCACGGGGCAGGCAGGGGGAUGGGUGCCAGCCGGCGCCCGGAGGUCUGCCCGGCGCGGAGCCCCGGCGUGGGGCAGCCGCCGCGGCGCUGAGCGGCCGCCUGGGCGGGCGAUGUGCGGGGCGCAGGGAGGGCAGGAGCCAGCCCCGGCCGAGCAGAGCUGAGCCAGUUCCUGCCAGCGUCCCUGGAAACUGCGAGCAGCCAACAUCCACUGCCAAGCCCCCGAAGGGACUAGGGCCGAGCUCCUGCACUCCUGACAGGGAUGAAGUCAGCACUGAGCUGAGUCAGGGCUGUGCCAGAGGCUGUGACCUAUGCUCUGAGUUCAAUGGGUGCCUGAGGUGUUCCCCCAAACUCUUCAUCCUUCUGGAGCGGAAUGACAUCCGACAAAUUGGGAUUUGCCUGCCUUCUUGUCCACUGGGAUACUUUGGCCUUCGCAACACGGACAUGAACAAGUGCAUCAAAUGCAAAAUUGAGAACUGUGAGUCCUGUUUCAGUCGAAACUUUUGCACAAAAUGUAAGGAAGGUUUGUAUUUGCACAAAGGGAGAUGUUACGUCACAUGCCCCGAAGGCUACGCUGCUGCCAACGGCACCAUGGAGUGCAGCAGUCCUGCACAAUGUGAAAUGAGUGAGUGGGGGCCCUGGGGGCCCUGCUCCAAGAAAAGGAAGCUCUGUGGCUUCAAGAAGGGCAAUGAAGAGCGAACACGGAGGAUUCUGCAGGCUCCCUCUGGGGACGUGACUCUGUGUCCUGCAACCACGGAGGUGCGGCGGUGCACGGUGCAGAAGAACCAGUGCCCCGAAGGGAAAAGGAAGAAAAAGGAAGAGCAAGGAAAGCAAGAUAAUGGGAAGAGAAAUCGGAAAGACACCAAAGACACUAAGUCUGGCACCAAGAAGAGGAAGAACAAACAGAGAGGGGCCACGGUGCCCGCGACGCCUGCUAGCCCUGCCCAGUAGCUGGCCAGUGCGUCACCGAUGGCAAGACUCCAUUGCUGCUAUGUAUAUG